UCCAAAGGGAAAAGGCAAAUGGGUUUGGAAAAUCACAAGCCUACAAUUGCCAUGGUUGGCUUGCAAUGCAUGUAUGCAGGGGUCAAUCUCUCCAUUAGAGCUUCUCUUUUACAAGGGAUGAGCUCUAUGGUCUUUGUGGUUUAUAGGCAAGCCAUAGCCUUCUUGCUCAUUGCCCCUGUUGCAUACAUUUCUUCAAGGAGGAGGAACACAAGUUCUUGUCGCAUGGGAUGGAAGAGCUUUUGGUUAAUUUUUUUGUUGGCACUCAUAGGUAUAACAAUCAGUCAGAACAUUUAUUUUGAGGGUAUAUACUUGGCCUCAUCGUCAACCGCAAGUGCAACAGGAAAUCUUGUUCCUGCUAUCACCUUCCUAGUGGCAUGGCCCAUAGGAUUAGAGAAAGUGCAAAUGGGAAGUGUGAGAAGCAUGGCAAAGAUCUUUGGCACACUGAUAUGUGCAGUUGGAGCAAUUUGCAUGGCAUUUGUGAAAGGGCCAAAGCUAUUGAAUGCAGAAUUGAUAGUAGCAUUUGAUGGGAUGAUGGGAGGAGGUGAUGAGAUUUGGACUUCUUGGUUGCUUGGUUGUUUAUUGCUCAUUGGAAGCACAAUUUGCUGGUCAUUUUGGCUUGUUUUGCAGGUGGCAGCUUCUGAAUGUUACCCAGAUCAUCUAUCCUUAACAGCCUGGCUAUGCUUCAUUGCAGCAGUGCAAUCUGCAAUUCUCACAUUCUUCAUAGAACCUGAUCCCAGUGUUUGGAAAUUAGAUUCAAAUCUUCAACUUAUUUCCUGCCUCUACACAGUAAGUAUAUAA